AUGUUCGUCUCUUUAUUUCAGCUUACCGUUGCUUGUGUCACUGCAGCUUCACUCUACCUAUCGUACUGGAACAUCACUGCUUCCAUCGCUCGUCGGAAUGCCAUCAGCAAACACCGUUGCAAAGCCCCAUUGGCCUAUCCUCACAAAGACCCCUUCUUCGGCCUCGACGCCGUUCGGGAUGCGAUUACCGCAGCCAAGUCAAAGACUUCGAUCGCGCGCCAAAUCGGACAGCAUCUGCGCUAUGGAAGUACCUUUUCCUCCAAGUUCUUCAUGACUCCCGUCAUCAGUACGUCGGAGCCGGAGAACAUCAAAGCCGUGCUCUCUACCAACUUCGGCGACUACGGUAUCGGCUCACGUCGAAAACGGGCCUUCGCUCCACUUCUGGGCAAGAGUAUCUUCCAGGUCGACGGACCGCAGUGGAAGCACUCGCGGGAUCUUCUUCAGCUUUGUCUCACGAGGAGCCAGGUGGUGGAUCUGCCGAUGUUUGACUUGCACGUUACGAAGCUGAUCGAGGCCAUCUCUAGGCAUGGAUCCGCGACCAUCGACCUGGGAAUCUGGUUUCCCCGGCUGAUAGCCGAUUUUUCCACGGACUGCUUCUUUGGCAAAGGGAUGGGUUCGAUCGAAACACCUUCGUCUUUGAGCACCGAGUUUGUGCAAGCUAUGCACGACGCUCAAGCGGGCUGUGAAGAUAGGUGGAAGCUGGGUCAUUUCAGCAGCCUGUUCCCGCACCGGGAGUUCUACAGAAAGGUCAAGAGAGUCCACGAUUUCAUCAAUCAGCAUGUGGAGAGAGCUAUGGGAUUGCACGAUUGCUCGGAGGGAAGGCCAGAAGUUGGUCGUUCCGAAGGAGAAGACAGGCGCGUCUUUCUCUACGAGCUCAGUAAACUCACCAACGACCGGCAUUUCCUUCGCGACGAGAUUCUGACCAUCUUUUCUGCUGCCUUCGAUCCUGUUGCGGCUCUUCUCACGAACCUUUUCUUCAUUCUUGCCAAAAGGCCCGAUGUAUGGGAGCUCCUGCGUGGAGAGGUGAGGCCCCUCGAUGGUAAAAACCCGGAUAUGAGCCAGCUCCGGUCUUUGAAGUACCAUCAGUUCUGUCUCAAAGAAUGUGAGGGUCCCUCACACGACUUCAUGGCUAGAAUUGAUUGGAAAUUAACCAUUGGCUUAGCUCUGCGACUUCACCCAAUCCUUCCUUCCAACUCCCGAGUAGCGUAUAAGGAUACCAUUCUCCCUCGUGGUGGAGGUCCUGACCAAAAGUCGCCAGUAUUUGUCGCAGAAGGAACCAUGGUCGCUUUUGGCAUUGCCGCUAUGCAUCGUCGUAAGGAUUUAUGGGGCGAAGAUGCAGAUGAUUUUCGGCCUGAGCGAUGGAGAAAUGAUAAGUCAUCCUGGAAAUUCAUCCCUUUCAAUGGCGGCCCAAGAGUUUGUCUCGGCCAAGACUUUGCCAUGAAUUUGACUAUCUACACACUCGUGCGCCUUGUGCAAGCUUUUCAGAGCGUCGAGAGCCGCGAUGGCAAUGAGUGGGUGGAAGAAAUACACCUGGCCUGCACGAGCCAGAACGGGGCGAAGGUCGUGAUGAAAGCGGGUUGA